CUGCAUAAUUCAUUCCGCUCUUCCUGGCUGUCCUUUUUUCUACUUCUUGUUCUCAAUUCCCUGUCAUUCCAAGCUGAAGCGCUUCACCAAUUACCCUCCCAGUGUGUGUUCAGCGCUAUGGCUACACUCCAGAAACUCCCAUUCUUCGUCCGCCAGUCCUCACGGACUCUGGCUCGGUGCAGGAAACCCCUCAUCCAGCCCCCCGCACUACGCACUCUAGUGAUGAAGCACCCAAAGGACUUUGUCCCUCCCACAGAGGAGGACCUGCUAGAGCUUCGCGAGCGUGUACAGGAAUUUACACGGCGCGAAAUUCCCGAAGAAGUUGCCGCGCAGACCGACGCCCAGAAUGAGUUUCCGGCUGAGAUGUGGAAGAAGCUGGGUGAAGCUGGGUUCCUUGGUAUUACAGCCAACGAAGAGUACGGUGGGCUAGGGAUGGGAUACCAGGCUCACUGCGUCGUCAUGGAGGAGAUCAGUCGCGCAUCUGGAAGCAUCGCCCUCUCCUACGCCGCACACUCGCAGCUCUGUGUCAACCAGCUCUCCCUUAAUGGAACACCCGAGCAGAAGGAGCGAUUCCUUCCUGGUCUCCUAUCAGGUGAGAAGGUCGGCGCUCUAGCGAUGUCCGAGCACUCUGCGGGAUCAGAUGUGGUCAGCAUGAAGACAACAGCCAAGGCCGUUGACGGCGGUUGGCUAUUGAACGGGACCAAGAUGUGGAUUACCAACGGCCCUGACGCAGACUACAUCGUCGUCUACGCAAAGACGGAGCCCGAGAAAGCCUCCAAGGGCAUCACAGCCUUCGUAGUGGAAAAGACAUUCAAGGGAUUCUCCUGCGCCCGCAAACUAGACAAACUAGGCAUGCGCGGAUCCAACACCGGCGAACUUGUCUUCGAAGAUGUCUUCGUACCGAAAGAGAAUGUUCUCGGAGAGGUCAACCGCGGCGUCAAGGUUCUAAUGGAGGGCUUGGACCUGGAGCGUCUUGUUCUCAGCGCUGGUCCGUUGGGUAUCAUGCAAGCUGCCCUCGACCUCGUCCUCCCUUACACCCACGUCCGCAAGCAAUUUGGCAUGCCGAUCGCCCACAACCAGCUGAUCCAGGGUAAGCUGGCAGACAUGUACACCAAGCUUGCUGCCUCCCGUGCCUACACGUAUGCCACGGCGCGACAGAUCGAUAACUCAGCUGCAGAGGGAUCUGGGGCUCUGAUCAGGACGCAGGACUGUGCCGGCGCGAUCCUCUAUGCAGCGGAACGGGCAACGGAGUGUGCGCUUGAUGCGAUCCAGUUGAUGGGUGGAAAUGGGUACAUCAAUGAGAUUCCUGCGGGACGGUUACUGCGCGAUGCGAAGCUGUAUGAAAUUGGGGCUGGAACGAGUGAGAUUAGGCGCAUGGUGAUUGGGCGUGCGUUUAAUCGGGAAUUUGCAUAGAUCCCAUCCAUGCCCUUAAUCCGUUGAUCUUAUGAGGACGUGUUACUUAUACCAGCAAGACCUACCUGCUUUAUCCGACUGACCAUUUAUGGAUUAGAAAUCUUGCAUGUAACAAGUUGUAUGUUCGUGUUCUCAUGUACUCAUUUCUAUACAAAGCGAAAU